AUGAUUAAAAAAGAUACUCGUUUUGUAGACCUGCCUCAAAAUGUAAAACAGAAGUUAAUAAAUAUACAUCGUCUUUCUCAUCAAGUGUACAUUACACCCGAAAAAAUGUCUAUUCCUUCUUCUACUGAACUGUAUACACAAAUCAUUAAUUUACAAACUUCUUCCUUACAGAAAAAUCUUAAUUCGAUAAGCAAUAAUUUUAAUAUUUUAAAAGAACUGCCGGGAAAGGUAGAUAUGAGUUAUGUAGAGGCGCAAUUGAGAGAUAAUAUUGCAAAUUUAAAAAAUGAAGUAAAAACGUACAAAGAAAUAGACAGGAAUGUAGAUUUUUGUGGUGUGCUAGAAACAACUUUUAAGAUUUUAAAUAAGAGAUACGACGCAGUAAAUAAAAAAAUUUAA